AACACACCUUAAACAAAGGGAAGCACUUAACCCGACACAUGUACACAAUAAAAUCAUCAAAGGAAUAUCAGUACAGAUUCGGUUCGCUUUUUCGUGCCGAAUAAAAAUGGGGAAUGUCAAUGGGAAGGAAGAAGAAGACGGCAAUGGUAACAGCCCGUCUGGAGGUGAAGAGACCAGCGACGGCUGCCGUGGCGGCGCGGCACUGGAUAGUGUGCAAAUGGAUGGUGAGUUCAUGGGUCAGUCUCCCCCCUCCAGCCCCAGGGCAUCUCGUUCUCCUUUGAUGUUCCGACCUCAGAUGCCAGUGGUUCCUCUACAAAGACCAGAUGAAAUGAACAUCCCUAACCCUCCAUGGGCACAAACUGCUUCAGGAUGUGACGACACGCACGUUGAGCACACAAUUCCAACUGUAAUAACAUGGAGUAGGGGUGGAAAUGAAGUUUCUGUGGAGGGAUCAUGGGAUGAUUGGAAAACGAGGGACUUAGCUCUCUAAAAACUCUUUUGUCAGGAAGCCUUUGCAGAGGUCCGGGAAGGAUUUCACCAUUUUGAAAGUGCUCCCUUCAGGAUUUUAUCAGUACAGGUUGAUAGUUGAUGGGCAGUGGAGGUAUUCCCCUGAUGUGCCAUUUGUCACUGAUGAAGCUGGAAAUUAUUAUAACGUCUUGGACUUGCAGGAUUAUGUCCCAGAAGACAUACAGAGCAUAUCUGGUUUCGAGCCACCUCUAUCCCCUGAUUCAACAUACAGCAACCCGCAACUUGGAGCCGAAGACUAUGCCAAGGAGCCACCCUUAGUGCCUCCACAUCUCCAGUUGACCCUGCUUAAUGUUCCGUCAUCUCAAUCGGAAAUCCCACCUCCGUUCUCAAGGCCUCAACACGUCGUCCUCAACCAUCUCUACAUGCAGAGGGGCAGAAGCAGCACCCCGUCCGUGGUAGCCCUCGGUUCUACUCAUAGGUUCCACUCCAAAUAUGUGACAGUUGUUCUCUACAAGUCCAUAGAGAGAUGAUGACUAUACAUAAAAAGUAAUUAAAGAUUUUGGAAUUCCCAUCCAGUUUUCGAAAUUUAUGAAAUAUCAUCGUUACCCCCCCCCCCCCCCCCCCACCCAAAAAGAAUAUCUUGAUUGUAGCCCUCUUUUUCAUGCAAAAAAUGUGGCUUUCAAGCAUAGUGGCGGAGGAGUAUAAAGGGAAAUAACAUGGUCAAAUAUUGUUGUCUUGAACCAUUUCCUUGGGAAUGUGGCAAGUUAUGCUAUUGAAUACUAGGUUUUGUGUGUCUUUGUGCCGUUUGUGGUGGAGGAUAAGUGUACAACAAGGAGUAUUGGAACUUGGAAGGCCAUGAACCCGUGCUGCAUUUUUUUAAAAUCAUA